GCGAUGAUGACGACCUGGACAGGAAGGAGAACUGAGGUCGCCCUGGCUUGGCUCCUCUUAACCUCCACGUGCUGCUUUGCCAACCUGAGUGCUGUCCCGCAGGUGUCCGUGCAGCCUCCUUCCACCGUGCAGAAGCCAGGCGGGACGGUGAUCCUGGGCUGCGUGGUGGAGCCGCCCGGGAUGAACACCAGCUGGCGCCUGAACGGGAAGGAGCUGAACGGCUCAGACGACACCCUGGGCAUCCUCAUCACUCACGAGACCCUGGUCAUCCCUGCCCUCAGCAACCACACUGUGGGCCGGUACCAGUGCGUGGCCCGGAUGCCGGCUGGAGCCGUGGCCAGCGUGCCUGCGACGGUGACCCUGGCCAACCUCCAGGACUUCAAACUGGACGUGCAGCACGUGAUUGAAGUAGACGAGGGGAACACGGCUGUCAUAGCCUGCCACCUUCCCGAGAGCCACCCCAAAGCCCAGGUCCGAUACAGCGUCAAGCAAGAGUGGCUGGAGGCCUCCCGAGGUAACUACUUGAUCAUGCCAUCAGGGAAUCUUCAAAUCGUGAACGCCAGCCAGGAGGACGAGGGGAUGUACAAGUGUGCUGCCUACAACCCAGUGACCCAGGAAGUAAAAACUUCGGGCUCCAGCGAUCGGCUGCGAGUGCGCCGCUCCACUGCCGAGGCCGCACGCAUCAUCUACCCACCCGAGGCCCAGACCAUUAUCGUCACCAAAGGCCAGAGUCUCAUCCUGGAGUGUGUGGCCAGUGGGAUCCCCCCACCCCGGGUGACCUGGGCCAAGGACGGGGCCAGCAUGGUUGGCUACAACAAGACACGUUUCCUGCUGAGCAACCUCCUCAUCGACGCCACCAGCGAGGAGGACUCGGGUACCUACCGCUGCAUGGCCGACAACGGCGUGGGAGAGCCGGGAGCCGCCGUCAUCCUCUACAACGUCCAGGUGUUCGAGCCCCCCGAGGUCACCGUGGAGCUGUCCCAGUUGGUCAUCCCGUGGGGCCAGAGCGCCAAGCUGAUGUGUGAGGUGCGAGGGAACCCACCCCCUGCUGUCCUGUGGCUGAGGAAUGCUGUGCCCCUGGCCCCCAGCCAGCGCCUGCGGCUGUCAAGGAGAGCCCUGCGGGUGGUCGGUGUGGGGCCCCAGGACGAAGGCGUCUACCAGUGCAUGGCUGAGAAUGAAGUCGGGAGUGCCCAGGCUGUGGUCCAUCUGAGGACCGUCAGGCCAGGCAUGACCCUGAGGCCCGGGCGGGAGGCCAAGCUGGACACUGCCACCUCUCCCAUGACGCCCGCCGGACCUGCAAGUCCUGACCAGCUGCUGAAGGGCCUCCCGAGACCCCCACCGUCGGCGCAGCCGGCAUCCACGCGGUGCCUUGGAGAGAAGGGGCCGGUAGCUCCUGCUGAGGCCCCCAUCAUCCUCAGCUCGCCCCGCACCUCCAAGACAGACUCGUAUGAGCUGGUAUGGCGGCCCCGGCACGAAGGGGGAAGUUGGGCGCCCAUCCUCUACUACGUGGUGAAGCAUCGCAAGCAGGUCACCAACUCCUCUGAAGACUGGACCGUCUCUGGCAUUCCUGCCGGCCAGCACCGGCUGACCCUCACCAGACUCGACCCUGGGAGCUUGUACGAAGUGGAAAUGGCCGCUUACAACUGCGCAGGCGAAGGCCAGACAGCCAUGGUCACCUUCCGGACAGGACGGCGACCCAAACCCGAAAUCCUGGCCAGCAAGGAGCAGCAGAUUCAGAGGGACGACCCCGGCACCGGCCCGCAGAGCAACAGCCAGCCGGAGCACGGACGCCUCUCCCCCCCAGAAGCUCCAGACAGGCCCACCAUCUCCAUGGCCUCCGAGACAUCAGUCUACGUGACCUGGAUUCCCCGGGGCAACGGCGGCUUCCCCAUCCAGUCCUUCCGUGUAGAGUACAAGAAGCUGAAGAAAGUGGGAGACUGGAUUCUGGCCACCAGUGCCAUCCCGCCUUCGCUGCUUUCUGUGGAGAUCACGGGUCUGGAAAAAGGCACCUCCUACAAGUUCCGGGUCCGGGCUCUGAACAUGCUGGGGGAGAGUGAACCCAGUGCGCCCUCCCGUCCGUACGUGGUGUCGGGCUACAGCAGCCGAGUGUAUGAGAGGCCGGUCGCAGGCCCUUACAUCACCUUCACUGAUGCCAUCAAUGACACCACCAUCAUGCUCAAGUGGAUGUAUAUUCCAGCAAGCAACAACAACACUCCCAUCCACGGUUUUUAUAUCUACUAUCGACCGACAGACAGUGACAAUGAUAGCGACUACAAGAAAGACAUGGUGGAAGGAGAUAGAUAUUGGCACUCCAUCAGCCACUUGCAGCCAGAGACCUCCUACGACAUUAAAAUGCAGUGCUUCAAUGAAGGAGGGGAGAGCGAAUUCAGCAACGUGAUGAUCUGUGAAACCAAAGCUCGGAAGUUUUCUGGCCAGCCUGGUCGGCUCCCACCCCCAACUCUGGUGCCGCCUCAGCCACCACCCCCUGAAACCAUGGAGCGUCCGGUGGGUCCCGGGGCCAUGGUGGCCCGCUCCAGCGACCUGCCCUAUCUGAUUGUUGGGGUCGUCCUGGGCUCCAUCGUCCUCAUCAUCGUUGCCUUCAUCCCCUUCUGCCUGUGGAGGGCCUGGUCUAAGCAGAAACACACAGCAGACUUGGGGUUUCCCCGAAGUGCUUUGCUAACCUCCUCCUGCCAGUACACAAUGGUACCACUGGGCGGUCUCCCAGGCCACCGAGCCAGUGGCCAGCCCUACGUCAGCGGCACCAGUGGACGCACCUGUGCCAAUGGGAUGCAUGCGAACAGGGGCUGUCCCGCAGCUGCCCGGGGCUACCCCGGCAUCAAGCCUCAGCAGCACUGCCCCGGGGAGCUCCAGCAGCGGGAUGACAGCAACAGCCUUCUGAGACAGACUGUUCUUGGCAAAGGCUAUGACUCCCACUGUCACCAGAUCCCCAGGGGGCACAAACCUGGCGCAGAGGAAGACUCUUGCUUGUACCCGCUGCCCGGGAGCUCCACUCACCAGCUGCUGCAGCCCUGCCAGGACCACCGCCCCCCGGAGCAGCCUGCUGCUACCAGCCACCCUGCCAGGAGGAACAUGCCCUCUAGUUCGGGGCUGGACGCUGCGUGGGACCCCCUUUUCCACCCAGGGCCCCCGUGCUGCCUGGGCCUGGUGCCUGUGGAGGAGGUGGACAGUCCUGAUUCCUGCCACGUGGGGGGCGACUGGUGUCCCCAGCACUCCACGGGAACCUACGUGGGCCACGACCUUGGGGUGCGGCUCCCUCCGAGCCCCCCACUGCGUGUGUCCUUUGAAACGCCGCCUCCCACCAUGUAGGGCAGGAGUGGGUAUCCCAGAAAGACUCUAGAGUGUUAUUUUAAAGAGGAAGCAGAAAAAUCGGUAUUUAUUUUUCUAUAAUAGCCAUAUUUAUAUAUUUAUGCACUUGUAAAUAAAUGUAUAUGUGUUUUAUAUAAAUAUAUCUAUUAUAAUUCUGGAGAGAGUGAAGGGGUCUGACCCAUGGAGGGUACAGGAGGGUGAACAAGCCCUUGGAGAAUCGGAGGCAGCUGGGAGAGGGGAGGAUGGACUGGGAGGGGCAGCAGGAGGCCCCCGGGAAGCCGAGCAAAGGAGGAGGCCCAGAGGCACCGUUGGCACAACCCCGUGGGAGCAGCUCUGGCCACAAGUGCCAGGCCAGAGACACACGUGCAGAUGGCGGGUCUGGUGCUGCAGGGACCGUUUUCCAAAGGUGCCCGCGAGGACAGACUACGAUGUAUACUACAAGCAUUAUAAGUACUAUUACAGCAUUAACAAACUUUCCAGAAUCAAUAAUCUGUGGCAACAUAUCUCUGUAAAAACAAACACUGUAACUUCUAAAUAAAUGUUUA